GUCAAAUAGUUUUGGCUUUCUUCGCAACGAAGAGGAGUAUUGAAAUAUUUUUUUAGAAGUCAGAAUACACAACCAUGUCGUACAGAGAUUUGAGAAAUUUCACUGAGAUGAUGAGGGCUUUAGGAUACCCAAGAUUAAUCUCCAUGGAAAACUUUCGAAAUCCAAACUUCCCUCUGGUUGCUGAAGUUAUGCGAUGGCUUGUCAAAAGAUAUGACCCAAAUGCUGACAUACACAGUGAUAUUGACACAGAUCAAGACAGAGUGAUAUUCAUCAAAACUGUAGCAGAAUUCAUGCAUACAAAGGCACACAUCAAGUUGAAUACAAAGAAACUGUACCAGUCCGAUGGAUAUGCUGUGAAAGAGAUGCUGAAGGUGACGUCAAUGUUGUACAAUGCCAUGAAAACCAACACAUCAACCCAAUCUGAGACAGACAAUGAAGACGAUUCUUCUAUGUUGUCAUUUGACAUCUCAUCAAAGAUAAAUGAUCUGAAAGAAGCUAGAAGGCUUGCUUCUGAAAUCACAACUAAAGGAGCCACAUUGUAUGAUCUCCUGGGUAAAGAAGUGGACCUCAGAGAACAAAGAUCCAUUGUGAUAGCAAAAUCUCUAGAAAUCAAUGAAGUUGAGAGUGGAAUUGGUGGAUCCAUCCGAGGGGUUGAGAAUGAAAUAAAGAAGUACCUGAUGCAGCUAGACAAUGUAGCAUCUGAUGAAGCUAAUCUGGAGGCUAAAAUCGAGAAAAAGAGGAAUGAAUUGGAAAGAAAUGAAAAGCGAUUACAAACUCUACAAAGUGUUAGACCUGCUUAUAUGGAUGAGUAUGAAAAGUUGGAGGAGGACCUGCAGAAGCUGUAUGAGGUUUAUAUGGAUAAGUUCCGAAACCUGACAUAUCUAGAGGCCCAGCAGGAGGAGUACCACAGGGCAGAACAAGACAAGUUCGAGGAGACAGAAGAAAAAUUAAAACAGAUGGCUGAUCGUCUGAAGAGUGAGGAACAGAAUCGGCAAAAGAUCAUGCCAGAUGACAUUGAUAUCUCCCGCGACUCUGAUGACGGGUUGGAUGAAUCUGAUGAAUCUGAUACUGACGUUCAACAGCCCGUCCGACAGCGUCCUGACGUAGAAAAAAUGUCCAGACCUGUGCCUGCAGCAGCUGGUGAGAGGAAGCAGAGAGUGAUGGGAUCUAUGUUGGCUGAUGCCAGUGACGAUGAUUCAGAAAUUGAUCUUGAUGAUGAUGAUGAUGAAGAUGAUGAUGACGAUGAUGAUGAUGACGAUGACAAUGAUAAUGUGAAUGAACAGGAUGAAAUCGAUGACAAUGAUUUUUAAAAUACUUUUGUGAUUUAAGUUUAUAUGAAAUUUGUUCAAUAGAUCUGUUUAUUUAUUAAAGGGACUUUACAGUCGCAUAAAUGUAAA